AUUUCCCUCACUUACCCCGCCACUUUGUCUCUUUUCUCCUUUCCACUAAGCCCUAUCCAUAAAGUCUCUGUAUUAGCCAGACCACCAUUGAUUGAUUUCCACCCAAAAAUUCUUCGUGUUUUUCUCUCUGAGAUUUCCAAACCAGCUAUUUGAUGGACCUUUGUGUCUCAAACCACCACACAACUCCUACUCUUCCUUCCGCUCUGUAUAAGCCCCAGAGGACUGCUAAUUUCUCUCCCAAGUCCACCGUAAAUUUCUCGACCACACGGCGAUUUAGGCCCUUGACCGUUAUCGCCGCCGCCGGAGCCAGCCACUGCGAGUUCAGCAGCCUGAACUCUCCCCUGGUUCCGAGGUCUCCGUCCGGAAAUGACCUGCUCGGCGUCUUGCUCAACCAUCCGCAGUUGUUUCACAUCGCCGUUGCCGAUGAACUGAAACACCUCGCCGAUGAUCGAGACGACGCCGUUAACCGUAUGAUCUUCAGCGAUGGUUCUCCUGAGGCCUGCCUUCACAGGAGGAUUGCAAAACUAAAGGAGAAUGAGUGCCAAAUUGCUGUCGAAGAUGUCAUGUAUCUUUUAAUCUUUUACAAAUUUUCUGAGCUCAAAGUUCAUUUGGUUCCGAAGCUCUCUAGAUGCAUCUAUAAUGGGAGGCUGGAGAUUUGGCCUUCAAAAGACUGGGAGCUAGAGUCAAUUCAUAGCGACGAGGCUCUAGAGAUGAUAAGGGAACAUGUGACCACAGUGAUUGGAUUGAGAGCAAAUGCUAGUGUGAAAGAAGCCUGGGCAACAACUAAGAUCACACGAUCCAUACUUGGCCGAGUUUAUGUAGCCUCCAUCUUAUAUGGCUAUUUUUUGAAGUCCGCCUCGUCAAGGCUCAACUUGGAACAGUGCCUAGCUAUGGAAAGCCAAGAACUGACUCAUAGGAACUCUCUAAAAUUUCCAGAGAUUUGUUCUUAUGGAGUAAAACAUCUUCUCUUCGGUCGACUUAGCAGCACAAAUUCCAAAUCAUACGGAGAAGGAUCAAGCAGGUUGGUGAACAGACCUGAAAAGUUAAGAUGUUAUGUGAUGGGGUUUGAUCCUGAUACAUUACAAAGAUGUGCAAAGCUUAAGUCUAAGGAGGCCAUGAACUUGAUUGAAAAUCACAGUCGUGCACUUUUUGGGGAUGAGACAUCAACAGGUUUUCUUGAGAGUGAAGAGGUUAUCUUGACCUCAUUUUCGAGCCUGAAAAGGCUUGUAUUGGAGGCUGUUGCUUUUGGAUCUUUCAUUUGGGAAACCGAAGACUGCGUUAACACUGUUUAUAAGCUGAAGGAGGGCUAAUUUAGUAAGAACACUCUCGAGGCUAUUUUAUGUUAGCAAACUAAUGGCUAUUUGAGAUGUUUCUCUCUUGUAAAUAGAAGGAAGGAUUGUCUUUCUUUUACUUUUCGAUUUUCCAAUGUACAGUUAUAGUAAAUUAGUAAUAUUUGAAAAUAGUAUAUAUUGUAAUUGCAUGUUGGUUAAUGUUUA